AUGAUUUUCAUUAUGCACUAUAUACUUUUGUUGCUCCAAUUAUGUAUAAUAAGGAGUUUAGAGAUUUCCAAAAGAUGUGUUUGUGGCCAUGUUUAAAAUUAAAAAGACUGCAAAAACUCUGGAUUUUGCAUUUGGUGGAAUGAUUAGUGUAUUUUAAAUGUCAACCAAUCUUACAAUACAGAGAUAAAUAAUUAAAAUUCAUGCAAAAGCUAUGCGUAAGAAGAUUGCAGAUAAUAAGAGUAAUGUGGUUUUUACUUUGGUGAAUGCAUAGAUUUCUUGGGUUGCAAGAAUUUCGAUAAAGAUAAUUGUUAAGAAUCGUCAUAUAAAUGUGUUUCUGAUGGUUCAAAGUGUGUGGAAAUCUAAGAUUGCAGUGAUUAUACAACUGAGAACGGAUGUGCUAAUAAAAAUUAACACGGCAAGUACUGUGUUUGGAUUGGAGGAUUAGAGAAAAAUUGUAGAAAUGUCACAAUGUGUGAGGAGUUGCCUCUAUAUUUAUCUGAUCAUUAGACAUGUAAAUCAGGUCUAGAUGGAUGUACCAUAAGUGACAAGGGCUUCGGAUGUAUAGAGUAAAUGGAAUCUUGUACAUAAUAUUUAAAUAAUUUUUAAUGCUUUGAAAGUAAAUCAAAAAAACUAAAUUGUUUUUGGGAUUCAAAAAGUAAUAAUUGUGUUGAAAAGGUGUGUGAAAAUCUACCAUUUUCUUAGGAUUACGAAUGUAAGUUGUAUUUAAGCUAAUGUACAACUAAUGGAGUUCAUUGUGUAACAAGGAAGUAGUGUGAAGAUGCUGAGAAUAAAUUGGCUUGUGGAACAGAUGCUUCGGGUAAAAAAUGUGAAUAUCAUUAAAAUAAAUGUAAAAUCAAGAGCUGCAGCACUGCCCCAUAGUCUCUUACGAAUUAUCAAUAAUGUUAAGAUUAUGACAAUCAAUUAGAUUGUGUUACUUCAGAAAACAAAGGAUGUAAAAUUAGACCUUAAACAUGUGAUGGUUAUGUUUAUGAGACGGAUUGCAAAUCAUUAGAAUAAUAAGAUUGUGUGUGGUAUAAAGGAAAAUGCGAAAAAAGAUUGUGUUAUCAUGCUCCAGUUCAUUAUACUUACACAGAUUGUAAAGAAUAUGGAAAUUGUAUCGGGAAAUUAAAUGGAGGGUGUUAGACGACUCCAUAAUUAUGCGAAGAGAUACUGCAGAAAUAGUUUUGCGAAUUAAACUUUAACAAAGAAAGGUGCAUUUGGGCUUGGUGGUAAGUGUGA